GGAGGGAGGGUGAUGAGAGUGUGGGUUCUCCACUCAUCUAUUCCUCUCUCUGUAUGCAGUGGCUUUGAGCAGCGAUGAUGCUGCUGCUUGUGGUGUCGCACAGGAGGAAGCACCGUCGCCGCACUACUACUGCUUGCUUGUGUUGCCUCCCUUGGCCUCCCGUAGCACAGCCAUUGCACUGCGUCGGGCAGUGAAUCGAGCUCUGGCGGUGGGACUCGGUUAGGGCGCAAGCAUUGUGAUGCAAGGGGAGUGCGGUUGAAGUUUCAAGCCCCGGACCCGACGGGACAGGCACUGUGAUUCUGUCGCCGUGUGCUGUGCUGUGCGAUUGCAGCGAUCCAUCCCAGAAUUGCCCAAGUUUCCAAGCAAUUUUCGUCUUCGUCUUGAAAAUCUCUACCGGAUUUUGGGUGGAUUGCGUUCUGGCGUGGUUCAAGUCUCGAUAGCGAUUCUUGGAUGUGCAGAGCUGAAGGGUUUACUGUAGAGGCAAGUUUUGAUUGUUCCGGGAGUGUUUUUUAUUUUUAUUUUUUAUAGGUGGGUCUUUUUUGUUCUUCGCCAGCGGAAGCUGGUGGUAUUGUGGUAGUGAGGGAACCGUUUUUGAGUAAUUUCGCGAUGCGGUUGAGGUGAUGCUAUGAGUAGAAUUAGGUCUUGAAGAGGCGAUCGCUUGUAAGUUUCAUUCGACGGAGUUUAGGCUGUUGGAGGUGUGGUCAAGGGCAAGAGUGUGAGGUUCUAUGAAGCACCCAUUACUCAUGUUUCUCUUUUGCGGCUUCGGCAGCGAUAUUAUGCUAAUCCCUCGCUGGUCCCUAUCGUUGAAGAUUUUGAAGACUGCAUGUUUGUUGUUUCUUCAGCUGUAAAGCUUUUUUGUUGCUGUUGUAGGAGUUGGGAUGUCUCCUGGUUCAAAAUUUGUAUCCACGGCAUCCGUGUAUUUUGUGAGCAUGAUAAUCAGUGGUUGCUGCUUGAUUUCAAUGAUCUCUUGCUUUGACUGGACCAUGAGCAACCGAUUUUUUGCCUAGCUUGUGGCCGAGGGGCCAUGAAUACUAAUGGAGGGGGAUGAUUCUUGACGAUCAUCACAUAUGAGGGCAGAGUUCUGGGCACCUUAUUGAAUUUUGAAGAGAUGGCCGACGAAGCAGAUGCCCUGGCUAUGGCUCCAGGAGAUGUCCGCGAGAGGACGGAGAAAGCAGUAGAGGCCAUGGGAUUUCUUGGUCUAGAGCGUGAUCUGGUCAUCAAAACUCUGAAAAGACUCCACAAGGCAUUUGAGUAUUCACAGUCAAUGUGGGAUCAUGUUGAGAUGGAGAAUUAUCGAAUGCUGGCGGAUGAGGCAUUAAACCUUCAAACAAAGCUAGAGAAAAAGCGAGAACGUGCGACUGCUGAUGACGACGCUUCAGAAAGGCCUAGUAGAAAUGUUAAUCGCGCCCAAUCCUCUUUUCCAAGUACUCCCAGAGUAAACAGUUAUCCAGAAAGGAGUGCAGCUGCCCUCAAGGCUCUUGCCAGUAACAUUAUUCAAAAAGAAGAAGAGGCUGGAAGAAAGAAGAUGCAAAGUGACAGAAAGGUAUCAGCUCAAAAGGAUCCCUCUUUGUCACUCUCAGGAAGAGGACCAACCCCUCGAACUGAUGGACGAGCAGUUAGAAUAAUUGAUCCUUCUGAAGUUACUGCAGCAAGAAGAAGACCAGACAAUAAUAUCGCACAUAAGAAAUUUAAGCAACGCAAAGAGGAAUUCAAGCCUCAGAUCUCUCCUCCGGCGUUGAGAGCCCAGGUUUCUGGUUCACAUGACAUCAGGAAGAAGAGACAACGCUUGGUGGCACUGCGUGAACUCAACGAACCUGGUGGAGAGGCAGGUGAAGUAGCACAUGGUAGUGAUCAUGACAUUGAUCGUUAUGUGAAAGGCCAAUGUAGACAUGAUGACAAAGACCUAUCUCGUGGGUUUGAAGCUAUUCCCAUCCCCAUUGUGAAUCAUAUUAACUCGGAGACUCUCCCUUCCUCCUUCUUCUACAUUGAUAAGAGCAGACCAUAUGAAAAAGCUUUCGUAAACCUUGCUAUCUCGCGAAUAGGAGACGACGAUUGCUGUCCAAAUUGCCACAAUGAUUGCCUAUCUGCCCCCUAUCUCUGCGCUUGUGCCCGGGAGACAGGUGGAGAGUUUGCAUAUACUUCAGAUGGCUGCUUACAUCGACGUUACAUCGAUCAGUUUCUGAGGAUAAAGAAGGGCUUGUCAGCAGAGAGGAAGCACUAUUGUGAAUCAGGGUUCCAUUGUCCCCACGAGCGGCACAAGAAUGAAGAGAACCCGACGAGUUGUAAAGGACAUCCUGUGCGAGACUUCUUGAAGGAAUGUUCAUCCAAGUGUGGAUGCAGCAAACAAUGUGGCAAUCGAGUGGUACAACGUGGUAUCAGUCGUAAGCUGGAGGUGUAUAUGACGCCUGAAGGCAAGGGGUGGGGCAUCAGGACUUUGGAGGAUCUUCCGGCCGGUGCGUUUGUUUUUGAAUAUGUAGGCGAAAUCCUCACAAAUACUGAGAUGUGGGAGCGAAACAAUGAGAUCAUUAGAAAUGGUGAGGGACGUCACACUUACCCUGUGGCCUUGGAUGGCGACUGGGGUUCUGAAGCCAACCUGAAGGAUGAGGAGGCACUUUGCUUGGAUGCCACAUACUUUGGCAAUGUUGCAAGAUUUCUUAAUCACAGGUGCUUAGAUGCAAACCUUAUGGAAAUGCCAGUCGAGAUUGAAAGUCCUGACCGCCAUUACUACCAUGUGGCAUUUUUCACUAAUCGUCAUGUGAAAGCCAAGGAGGAGCUCACAUGGGACUAUGGCAUCGAUUUUGGAGAUGAAGAACAUCCAAUACCAGCAUUUCCUUGUUGCUGUGGCAGUGAGUACUGCAGGGGAAAGAUGGCUUGAGACAAUUUUUCUUUUUUCUUUUUUUAGUUAGUACUUAAAAGAGUAGAAAAUCAACAUUUAUUAUUACAUAUGAGUAAUCUCUACAAUUUUGACAGUUAUUUUACGAAUCGAGGCAUCAAAAUCCAAGGCUCGGGUGGCAGCAUUUCUCACUUAGGCGUUGAACUUAGCCGAAAAACAAGGUUAGCAAUUUAUGUCAGGAUUGGAUGGAGAAGUAUCUACCUCGAAAUUGUAAGCACUAUUGCUUGGUAUUUUCGUGUAUACUGUUCGCGCUCCCAUUGUACUACCUAUCUGCCACUCUGGUAUAUCUCUUUUCGUCA